AUGAAUUCAGCUUUGUUGGACGCCGCGACGUUGCAGCCGAUUCGAAUUCCAGACCGUGCGAUGUGGCUCCAACUACUACUGUUCUCGCCCUUGCUCUACAUCGCAUGGAACCUCAUUAGCCUGCGGCGGAAUAUUGCAAAAUGUCGGUCGAUGGGCGUGCCUGUUGUUUGGAUCCCCGUCGACCACAGGAACUUCUUCUGGAUGCUCGUCCAAGGCUAUGUCUGGGACUUCAUCGAUUCUUACAACCGCCCCUGGUCUUCCCUCCCGACAUAUAUUCGGUUCACCCGCCCAGGAUGGCAAUUCUACGACAAGGGCGACACUCACGUGAGGCUGGGCCCCAUCUGGGCUCUGGUUACGCCCGCGAACACAUUCAUCAAUGUUUCCGAUCCCAAGGCCAUCGAAGCGAUGGUAAAUCAUCGAAAAGACUCUGUUUCUCCGGUGGAGCAACCCAGCAAGCAUUGUCAUUGA